CAUAUGCUGGAUAGCACAUGGGCCAAUAUCACUCCACCACGUUUUCCGGUCAUUGUUUUUUGGUUUUUACUUUUUCCACCCACAGUUUAUGAAAAUGUUUGGCAUCGGCAUGAAAGCCAUUGCUGAAGAAAUGCAAAAUGACUUAAGUGGCAAAAUUUCAGCAUCAUUUUCCAAACAUUAGAUGACCUACAUCAACGCCCUGAAGUGACGUUAACAAUGAAGAAAAAACUUUGCAAUCGUCGGACAAAUGGUCCAUGGCCAGAUUGGUAUAACUGUUUGUUGUAUUGUUGGAUUUUGUGUUAUUUAAUUGUAAGUACAAGGGCCGAAGGUUGCCCGCCAUCUGAAGCUAUUUUGCCAUGUCGCUGUUCGCUAAGGGGCAAGGAGAUUCAAAUAUGGUGCUCUCACAGCAAUUUACCCCAAAUAAUGGAUGGCCUCAAGGCGGUGGAGCGCAAUAUAAAAGGUUCCAUUGAUGAAUUGGUGCUGGAGAAUAAUCAAUUACCUGCCCUGCCGGGUCGUUUUUUUGGCACCCUACAAAUUGUGCGUCUUAUGCUGCGCUACAAUGGCAUAGAACGGGUCUCCAAUGGCUGGCUCAACGAAUUGGAAAAUAGCCUAGUGGAGAUAUAUAUUGUAGAGCCACAGUUGCGCAGCAUUCCCGUGGAAAGUCUCAAUGGGAUGAUAAAUAUGGUGGCCAUAACCAUACAGAGCGAAGAAUUGAAGCAUCUACCCGAUUUUUCGGGUUUACUGAGCCUAACAUAUCUCAGUGUCCAAAGCCGGUCGCUGAACGAAUUGCAACCCCUGUGGUUUAGACAUUUACCCAAGUUACAGAAUAUCCACAUAACGGGAGGCGAAAAUCUUAAUCGCCUGGAGGCGGGGCUUUUUGAUGGUUUGAUUUCUUUGAAAAAUGUGGAUCUCAGUCGUAAUGGCAUCAAUUGGAUCCAUUUGAGGGCCUUUGCCCGUCUGCCGAAUUUGGUGAGCCUGAAAUUGUCCUAUAAUCAAAUCAGUGAUGUGGGCAUGAUUGGGCGACUGGUCAAGGAUUUGGAGAAUCUGAAAAAGAUACGCUUGGAUCAUAAUAUUAUCAAUAUCAUAGAGGAUGGAUCGUUUGUGGAUUUACCACAUCUGACGGAACUGCAUUUAAAUGAUAAUCGGAUAACACAAAUUGAAUAUGGAGCAUUUCUACGGACGCCCAUGCUGAAGACAAUAUAUUUACACAAUAACCAUAUCAAACGUAUCCACCCGGAAUCAUUCAUGCAGGCCUCAGGAUCGGGAGUGGAAACAGUGUAUAUUUAUAACAAUGAAAUUGAUGAUACUGGAGAGUUGAGAUCACUACUAGAGGCCUUGCCGGCCUUGAAAUUUUUGGAUAUCAGCAAUAAUUUCCUGAGGGACAUAAACUAUGGGGCAUUGAGGGGACAUGGUACCCUGGAACAGCUGCAUAUUAACAAUAAUCUCUUGAGGACCAUAGAAAGAGAGGCCUUGAUGGCCAUGCCUGCCCUGAGGGAGUUACGUCUAAGGAAUAACAGCUUAAGUCAUGACUUGCCCAUGCCCUUUUGGAAUCUACCAGGAUUGAAAGGUUUAGAUUUGUCGUUGAAUAAUUUUCGUAUUGUAGACUCGUUUCUCUUGGCCGGCCUGCCGUCGCUAAGGCGUUUGGAUCUGAGUGAAAAUGGCCUAAUGAAAAUGGAUCCCACAACAUAUGUCCAUAACUCCAUGUUGGAAACAUUGAAUAUUUCCAUAAAUGAUUUGAAAGUUCUACACCCGGCCACAUUUAGGAACUUGGAUCGCCUCUUUGAGGUAGAUGCUAGCUUUAAUCAAUUGAAUGAAAUAAUCCCAGGACUGCCAAAAAUCGUGGAACGCAUUUCGGUGCGGGGAAAUUUGAUAAGCAAUUUACCCUCCCUUACGGCGAAAAGCCUAAAUUUACCCAACUUGAGAAUGCUGGAUUUGAGUUUGAAUCGUUUGGAACAUUUACCCAAAUAUGCUUUUCAAGGUCUACCCCAAUUGAGGGUUCUAAGUUUGUCCUACAAUCGUCUGCGUUCCCUGGACGAUACCGUGUUCAUAGGAUCCUAUCGCCUGGAGUUGUUGCAUCUGCAGGAAAAUCAAUUAAUGCAAUUGGAUGAACGUUGUUUCCUGCCCCUAUCGGAGUUGAGGAAUCUCAAUCUGCAGGCCAAUAAGUUAUCCUCCAUAAGCGAUAAUCUAUUUUCCAACAACUCGAAACUGGAACAAUUGGAUUUAUCACGCAACACCAUACGCAGCAUAGCCCCGGGUGCCUUUGAGGUGCAAAAAUCUUUAGAGUAUCUAGAUUUAUCCUCAAAUGCCCUUAACGAUAUGUCCAUAAGUCUGGCAAAUUUGUUGAGCCUCAAAGACAUUGAUCUUAGCUAUAAUCAAAUAACUCACAUCAAUACCGAGGUCAUUGCCUCCUGGCGCCAAGUUGUGGAAAUAAGACUUUCGAAUAAUUUAAUUACGGAGUUGAAACGUGGAACCUUCCGGAAUUUACUGAAAUUGCAAUAUCUCGAUCUCUCCAGCAAUGAAAUAAGUCAUGUGGAAGCGGGGGCCCUUAAGAACCUACCCGAGUUACAGGAAUUUGUUUUGGCCGACAACAAAUUGGCCGAGUUAAAGGACCAUGUUUUCGAGGAUUUACCCAAUCUCUUGGCCUCUCAUUUCCAAUAUAACAAUUUGAGAUUUAUUUCGUCGGAAAGUUUUUUCAACUCUCCCUCCAUGGUUUUCCUGAAUCUUUCGAAUAAUCAUUUUCGCACCAUGGAAAGUAUUGGCCUGAGGACAAUGCGUAAUCUGGAGGUUUUGGAUUUGUCCACAAAUGCAGUGCGCACCGUGCCCACAAUGCCGCUGAAAAUGCUCAAUUGGUUGGUGGAAUUGAAAAUGGAUAACAAUGAAAUAUGUCGCAUACAGGGUUCACCAUUCGAACAAAUGCCUCGCCUGAGGGUAUUAUCGAUGCGCAACAAUCGUCUGCGUUCCAUUCAAGAGAGGACCUUCCGGAAUUUGCGCGGCAACAUUGCCAUAAUUGAUAUGGAUGGCAAUCCCAUUGAGUGCACCUGUGAAAUGCAAUGGCUUUCCGUGUGGCUGCAGGAAACUAAUUUCCCCUAUCCGGGGCCUAGGUGUCAAGAUGGUCGAUUAUUGCGGGCUUCUCGCAUCGACAAGAAUCUCUGCAAUAGCUUGGCUGAUAAUCAACAACGUAAUGGUGGACCAUUCAGUGAAACCUCUGGAGCUGGAGUUCUCAAUCAUUUACCCCUGCUCAAUGAACAUGGUGAUAUUUUCCAAAGAGAGCUACAGGAAUAUAAUGACGAAUGUGAGGCCUAUGAAUUGCCACCAGCCGAAAGGCCACUGGCCGGGGAAAGUGAAUAUUUCUAUGAUCAAUAUGUCGACUAUCCACCGGGGGCCAAUGAAACGGGACAACAGCAACAACAUCAGCAAAAGCCACAACAUCAUCAGCCAACAACAAAUGACAACCCUGCCCUGGGUUCCCACAUCUCGAGCAGCAAUACCUUACUGCAUACCCACAAAAAGCCCAACCAUCCAGCCACCUCUGUUAGUCCCAAUGUGGACUUGAACAAUACCAUUUUGAAUACGAACUAUUUUAAAAAGAAACCCAUCUCACCCUAUUCAUCUUCGCCCUUUACAUUCUUUGGUUAUCCCAUACCCAGUAUAAGUUUGGGUAGAUUUUUUGGGGCCAAUGAAAGGGGUCGCAAAGAUCGUGGUGAAAAGGGCGAUUCUGUAUUCCAGGGGCCAAAAUCUCAUACCACCACCACUACCAGCACUGAAAUGCCAGCUACACAUCGCAUGUUCACCGGCUCGCAUGGCAAGGUACGGAUGUAUCAACCCAAUAGUGCGGAGUUUGAAAAAUAUCUCAAGAACAAAGAUGACACUGAGGACAAUCCUCAAUAUGUUGAUGUAAAUGGUAGGAAAAAUGUGGCGGAUACCUCGUCGGAUGAAACCUCAAGUAGUUCGGAAAGUCCUUCCAGCGUUUUUAAGACCGGGUUUCGGGUGCCUUCCAGUGUGGAAAGGGGUGGUUUUAAGCCUAUUGUUCCGGAACAUAGUGUGGGAGGUUUUAUGCCGGUACAUGAUCCCUCAAAACGGAAGGGGACCAUUGAAGUUGUGGCUCCUACCUCGCUGAAGGUGGACAAAACGAAACGCCUGAAUAAAUUAAAUGUGAGUCCUGAGGUGAAAUAUAAAACUCCCAAUUCUGAGGAAAUAUAUACAAUAACAAGUAGCCCAACAACAACAACAACACAUCCUCCCAUAACCACAGACUCCACAAUGUCACAGGAAAUAGACUCGCAUACCUACUACGUUACAGAGGAGGAAAUUGAGGAAACCACCACCACCUAUAGGCCCAUGACAACAUUGAGAAAAUAUCAAGCAAGUCUACAAUCUACAACAACAACUAGCACAACAACCACCACCAAGGCUCCCAUGACCAGCAGUACCACAAGUACUACCAGCACCACCACUCAUAUACCUUCGAUGAGCAAAGAUUCUUUUGAGGAAUCCGAAUUUUAUGAUGAUCUGGAGGCUCAAUCGGUGACAAUGAUGAAACCGCCCCCAUUCAUACAAACCACAACAUCCGAAACCAUACUCCUUAUACCACCACCUGAGGAGUUGGUGGAACAAAUUAAAAGGCAAUCCUGGAUGCACACCACGCCAAAACCAAAAGAUUCCGAGGAGACAAAUGAUUAUUUAACAACCAUGACAACGGCGAAACCGAGCAGCACAACAGUGGGAACUAAAAGAGAACAGCAGUUUAGUUCCACAACUGCCCCACCCUUGCCGUAUCUACCCAGACCGGGUGGUGCGGCCCGCUCCACGGUAACCAAAGUGUUUACCCCACAAGCUGCCCUGAAUCAUCAUCAACAUCAUUCCCAUCUGCCCACGGCCGAGGAAUAUCAACGCACAACGCCAUCGCUGAAGAACAAACCAACCGAAGAACCUCAGCUAACGGCUAAUGCCCAGAAGCGUGAUGAACCGGCCGGUGGUAGUAGCAUUGAUCGUAUAGAUCGUAAAGAUGGCAUGGAUUGGUAUUAUGAAAGUUUCAAAAAGGCCAGAGCCAUUGGGUCGUCAGCGAGUGCGAGUAAACCCAGUUUUACUGGCUCAAAUACUUUGCGUAAUGGUGGUCAGGGGUUUGAUUUAAAAUGGAAUAAUUUUGGUAUUUUCUUGGGUUUUAGUUUGUGCAUGAUUUUCUUUGAGAAUUAUUUGUUAUUAGAAUAAAGAAAAAACAUACAUAGAUAUAUCGAAAUGUCUGUAAUAGAUUUUAGUUUAAAUUGUAAAGUGCGUUUUGUCGCUCUAUUUAGAGAUUUUUACUGUUAAAUUAUUGAUAAUUAUUUUAUUUUUGUUUUUUUUUUAGUUAUAAUUAUUGUAUUGUAGAGAACAACUAUAUCAUGAAAUACAAAAUAAACAAUAAAUAUGUUUU